AUGGAUAAUAUUGAAAUUUCCACCGUAGAUAUUUACCAUCCUCUUACUCCUCCCCAAAACUUGAAAAGACAAGCGCUAGUUAUCAAGCAUCACGACCGUUAUUCAAAUUCAUUAGAUGAUGUUGUCUUGGAAAUAAUGGGUGCCGAUCCGUCCAUAGCAACAGUUUAUGGUAAACCUAUUCAAAACGAUCUCGCUGUUCGUUUUGAAUUUAUAGCCACUUCUGGCCUAGAAAAUGAUCACAGAAAGGAAUUGCUACGUGCUCAUCUACCUCCUGUUAAUUGCAAAUUGAUAGAUGCACCGUCUUUAAAUCCAGAAAUAAAAGCAGCAAUCACAGAUAAUUUUGUGAAACGAGAUAAAGCUAUAUAUAAUAAACAAAAACAAAUAGCCAGUGCUAUUGCUUGCUUGAGUGAAGCAAUCACUCUCCUUUUAUCAAAAGAUAAUAAAGAUCCUGUCGUUCUUUCGUUAUUAAUGGAUACGGGACGAAUUCUUUGUGAUUCUCAGCAUAACGAUUCAAUUACUAGACGUAAUACCCUUUUAUCUAUAUUGAAAGGAGAAUUGAAAGAACAAAUUAUGGGUACAAAAAUUGAUACUAUGCUUUUUGGGAAAGAACUAGCGCGUACUUUAAGAACAGCAAAAGAAAUAAAAAAGUCUGGAGAUGACUUAAAGGGUCAAAUUCUUAACGCCAAUCCAAAUGCAAAAAAACUAGGAAAUUCCAAAAAGAAUUCUCAUAACAAGGGUUCGGGUCAAAUCGCUCAGGUUCAACGCUCAAAAGCUCCCAUUACUGAUUACAUUGUAGUGGAGAAUAAUGAUGAUAAUAUUAAAGGGAAUAACAGUAAAAAUAAGCCGAAAGAGUCACUUCGUCCUUCGAAUCAAAGCCACAAAGUAGACUGUUGGCAGCAGGAUAGAUUCUGCAGAUCACCGAGAGAGUCUCGUCCGAGUACUAGUUCCAGUCAACAACGUGGAUGA